AUGGCCUUGACUUCUAUCGCAGAUCAGCCCACGGCUCCGUUGGGAGCGACUUUGAAGAAUGGACGUGAUGUUCGCUUAGCUGCACGCGCCAGUCUCUGGUUGACUCCAACCUCUGGUCUUGCACCAGGCUAUCUACAGGCCAAUCUUCUGGUACUCCCUUCACGUUACGCAGCCGACUUCCGGCUCCUCUGUCAACGCAACCCGGUUCCGUGUCCCUUGGUUGCAGAAUCGUCAGAGUCCGGAAGCUUCUCCUCAUUCAAGUCGUAUCUUCCAGGACUCUCCGAUUCUGCCGUGCUCAAUGAUAUCGACAUACGUCUCGAUAUCCCGUAUUACAAUGUAUACGCCGACUCAACGCUCGUCAAGUCCGCAUGCCCAGACAUUGCUUCAGAGUGGACAGCGGACCAUGUAGCAUUCCUCAUCGGCUGCUCGUUCAGUUUCGAGGGUGCCCUUACUGGAGCUGGUCUGACGCCACCUCAUACCGCACUCAACCGGAACGUGCCCAUGUACCGCACGACGAUACCCUUGUGUCCGGCGGGUGUGUUCACGAAUGGCAUUUACGUGGUCUCAAUGCGGUCGUACAAGUUGCAAGAUAUCGAGAAGGUACGGGAAAUCACGAGCGCGUAUGUGAGUACGCACGGGGAGCCAAUCGCUUGGGGCUGGCAAGCCGUUGCGAAACUGGGAAUCAAGGACAUCGAUGCGCCGGAUUUCGGUGAUGCUCCGCUCACUAGAUAUGGAAAGCCCUUGGGCGAUGAAGCUGGUUCAGAGGACGAGGUGCCUGUGUUCUGGGGCUGUGGUGUCACCCCCCAAGAGGCGAUAAAGACAGCGGGGUUGAGCGGGAUUAUCAUGGCACAUGCGCCAGGUCACAUGCUUCUUUUGGAUUGUCAAGAUUCAGAUGUGUUCAGAAGGGUACAGACUUAA